AUGCACCCCGUUAUACUCCACCUCGCCUCUUUGACUCCUCAUCGCCCUCUUGGUGUGAUCAUUCCGACGCUACUGCGUUUGGGAAGGAGAGUCACUGCCUCAGAAGGAGAAGUCUCGAGCCGUCCUCCGCCCCAUUAUAGUCCAUCUUGCCUGUUGUGUCUCUGUGGGUUGAAGAUUUCGGAGAGUGGAGUUUCCACCGUCGUUAUUGCUGCCGCUGUUUCCGUCACCACUGCCAUUGUUGUUGCUGCCACUGUUUCUGCCGUCAUGCCGUGGUUCAUAUAUUUUUCUUGCUUUCUAUUUACUGUAGACACAAAUCCCAACUAUUUCCCUAGUUCUUGUUUCUUUGUAGGCAGGUUUAUUUCUCCUAUAAUUGGAGAACUAAGUAAGAAGUACCCUCAUGUAACAACAUAUAAGAUUGAUAUUGAUCAGGAAGAAAUUCAAGGCACAUUAGGCAAGCAAGUUACAGAUUACAUGUGGUAAUUGUUUAAGCUUUUAGUUAGAAAUUCAUUUAUUCUAUUAUUCUUUUGUAUACAUAAAAUCUUACAUAGGUAUGGACCAUAUAUCUCACUGUGUCCAUCAAUCACACUUAUCUUCAUAUUUAUAAUCCCUUGUGCCGUUGUGCAGCCAACACUCCAUUUUUUUCAAAAUGGAAAAAAGGCUGAUGAACUUAUAGGUGCCGAUGUUGCACGAAUGAACCAUAUUACAUAGAAACUCUUCAAGUAAUCCUUCAAAUCUUCACUUUAUGUAAUGUUUUGGUUGCUGUUAUUUCCUUUCACUAAAGUUUUGCAUUGCUAGCAUUUCACGUAGCAAUGCAAUGUUCUAUUCUGCA